UUCCAUCGCCACACCGAUAUAAUGGAAAAACCCUAACCCUAUAUAUUCUGCAAUUCCAUACCCCAACACCCCUAUAAAAGCAAAACCCUAACCCUAGAUUUCACUUCUCUGGACAAGUCGUAGCAGUUGCGGUCGCCAAGAGUAAUCAACCAUGGGUAAGGUUCAUGGAUCUCUAGCUCGUGCCGGAAAAGUGAGAGGACAAACGCCGAAGGUGGCGAAGCAGGACAAGAAGAAGAAGCCCAGGGGAAGGGCUCACAAAAGGAUGCAGUACAACAGGCGUUUCGUCACAACUGUUGUUGGAUUUGGGAAGAAGAGAGGACCCAACUCGUCGGAGAAGUGAUCGCCAUGUUUGGAGUUCUUAGAAGUAGGAGGAUGUUUUUAAAUUUUAAGUGAGCUGAAGCCUUGAGCCUUUUUUUUUUUUUUGGAUAUUUUUCUGUUGGCAAACUUUGUCUGCUUGUUCUUGUUUAUCUUUUUUAAUGUAAUCUUCAAAAGGAGCAUUGCUUAAGAUUACUGAUACUUCUUUGGUUA